AUGCCGGCUCUCAGCCUGGUCGCUCUGGUCAGCUUGGUGUCCACUGUUUUUGCCAACAUACACCCACCUCAACAACAACACAGACACUGGGCACAGAUCUGCAGCGGGAAUCCCACCAACAGAAUCCGGGGCUGCGAUAGAUACGGCUGUGGCCAUUUCGGUGCCGACAGGCACAGUGGUAAAGGAAGGCACGGGGGCGGGGGUGGAAAGCACACGGGUGUGGAUGUCAUCUGUGCUGAUGGAGCAACUGUGUACGCUCCUUUUGGCGGCCAGCUCUCCGGACCCAUUCGCUUCUUUCAUAAUGGAAAUGCCAUUGAUGAUGGAGUCCAAAUCAGAGGAUCAGGUUACUGUGUGAAGCUCGUCUGUAUUCAUCCCAUCCGAUACCAAGGCCAAAUCCGAAGAGGACAAGUCCUCGGGAGAAUGCUGCCAAUGCAAAGAGUGUUUCCUGGCAUUACCUCUCACAUCCACGUUGAGAACUGUGACCACUCUGAUCCUACUCAUCUACUUAAGCCUGUUGUCCCACCAUUCCCACAAUACAAAGACAGCAGAUGGGCAACAUUGUGCUCCGGGAAUCCUACAAACGAGAUAAGAGGCUGCGAUAGAUACGGCUGCGGAUACUACGGAGCUCCAAGGCACAGUGGUAAAGGAAGGCACGGGGGCGGGGGUGGAAAGCACACGGGUGUGGAUGUCAUCUGUGCUGAUGGAGCAACUGUGUACGCUCCCUUUUCUGGCCAGCUCUCUGGACCUGUUAAAUUCUUCCACAAUGGAAAUGCCAUCGAUGAUGGAGUCCAAAUCAGGGGAUCAGGCUUCUGUGUAAAACUCGUCUGCAUUCAUCCUAUCAGAUACAACGGUAGAAUUUCUAAGGGACAAGUCCUUGGAAGAAUGUUGCCAAUGCAAAGAGUAUUUCCUGGGAUCACAUCUCACAUUCACGUUGAAAACUGCGAUCACUCAGAUCCCACCAGGAAUCUCGAAAGGGGGAAAGUGGAAAGUGUGUGA